AUGGGUAAUCAACAUUCAGGUGUAAGCAAGGAACAUCUUGAUCAGUUAAAAGAAAUGAGUUCUUUUUCAGAGACUGAAUUAAAAAAAUUAUAUAGAAGAUUUCAAAUGUUAGACAAGGAUGGCUCUGGAACUUUAACGACUGAUGAGUUCCUUUCCAUUCCCGACCUAGCUCUCAAUCCAUUGUUGGAGCGUGUACUUCAAAUAUUUGAUAAGAAUCAUGAUAAUGAAAUAGAGUUCUCAGAGUUUGUUUCUGCUCUCAGCACACUCUCUCAUAAAGGUUCUAAAGAGGAAAAAUUAAAAUUUUUAUUUAAUGUAUAUGAUAUGGAUGCUGAUGGAUUUAUUGGUAAUGGUGAAUUAUUUCAAGUAUUAAAAAUGAUGGUUGGAACCAAUUUGAAUGAUGUUCAAUUACAACAAAUCGUAGACAAGACUAUUAUUGAAGGUGAUUUGGACAAGGAUGGAAAAAUAUCGUUUGAUGAAUUUAUAUUAAUGAUUGGUAACCAAGAGGGUAUCGAAGAAAAGAUUUCUGUAAAUUGGUCAGACUAA